AUGGAUCUAGGAAAUCACACCAGGGUUUCAGAAUUUAUUUUCCGGAGACUGACCCAGUCUCGGGAACUGAGCUUCGCCUUAUUUGUGCUUUUGUUCGUUUUGUUUGUGAUAAACAUGUUGGCAAACCUCCUCAUCAUUGUCACCGUGACUUGGGAGUCUCGUCUCCACGUGCCCAUGUACUUCUUGCUCCGCAAUCUGUCCAUCCUAGAUAUCUCCCUUUCCUGCAUCACUAUUCCCAAGGUCCUGGUGGAUCUUCUUUCCAAGAGAAAAGCCAUCUCCUUCAACGGUUGCUUCACUCAGUUAUUUUUCUUCCACUUCCUCGGUGGGGCAGAUAUUUUUUCUCUCUCUGUCAUGGCGUAUGAUCGAUAUAUAGCAAUCUCGAAGCCCCUGCACUAUGUAACCAUCAUGAGCAAGGAGACGUGUUUUGGAUUGGUGGCUGCUUCGUGGGUGGGGGGAUUUGUGCAUUCCAUGGUCCAAAUUCUUCUGUUUCUGCCUUUAGCAUUCUGUGGACCCAACGUCCUAGAUGGUUUCUUCUGUGAUGUCCCCCAGAUACUCAAACUUUCCUGCACCAAUGCCGUCACUACCGAGCUGCUGACCCUCUCCAACAACGGCUCCAUACUCUCCCUGUGGUUCGUCCUGCUCAUCGGGUCCUACGUAGUCACCUUGGCCAUGCUGAGAUCUUACUCCGGGGAAGGGAAAAAAAAAGCCAGCGCUACCUGCACUUCCCACAUGACGGUGGUCACUCUGCACUUCGUUCCGUAUAUCUACAUCUACGCCCGGCCCUUCACCGCCCUGCCUAUGGACACGGCAGUGUCUAUCACUUUAACUGGAAUUAUCCCCGUCCUGAAUUCCAUCAUAUACACCUUGAGGAACCAUGAGAUGAUGCUGGCCAUGAAGAGACUGAAGAAAAGAGUUUCACAUUUGGACAGGGAAUGAAAAUCAACAUAAACGGCCUCUACUCCAUUCUAAUCCUCCUCAACCUCUCAUGCUGUUGACCACUCCCUUCUGGAAAUAUAUCCAACCCUGGCUUCGUGGACACCGGCCUCUUGUGGUUCUCUUCCUAGCUCUCU